AUGGUUUUAGAAAUAGGUGAAGAGUGUGCUAUUGAACUAUUUCUUUAUGGACAUUCGAUUUGGAAGAAUAUCUGGAUAGCGUCCUUAAAGAGGCCGGAAAUGAGACAUUAUGUUAAAAAGCCAGAUGAGCUAUUCCGAUUAUAUUGUGAAAAGAUUCUUGUCGAUUUUUAUCAUCUUGUAGAUAUUCAUCCUAAAAUAGACCGAAAAAUCCGAGAAAAUAAAUUUCCAUUCACAUUCUUCAAAAUAACGAAAUCUGAAAUUAAUUCUGGAAUAGCAACAGUUGGUGCUAAAGCAAUUCGGAAUUCAGAUGGGUUGGAAAUAUGGCAUAUGGAGGUUGCAG